GCCAAAUAAGUUAAGGAAACUUAAACUACCUAUAAAACCACCCUUUAUCUCCUCACAAACUGCACAGCUUCUGCUUGCUUUUUAAGAGUGCGCUUUUGGCCUUGCCUUGAGAGAUUCAAAGAACCCAUCAUUUCUUUUCCUGUGUGUGAGAGAUACAGCAAUGGAGGGCAAGGAAGAAGAUGUUAGACUAGGAGCAAACAAGUUUACAGAAAGGCAACCCAUAGGGACUGCAGCUCAAACAGACAAGGACUACAAGGAGCCACCACCAGCUCCUUUGUUUGAGCCUGGUGAGCUCUCCUCAUGGUCUUUCUACAGGGCUGGUAUUGCAGAGUUCGUGGCAACUUUCUUGUUCCUGUACAUCACUGUCUUGACUGUUAUGGGUGUCUCUAAAUCUGGCAAUAAAUGUGCUACUGUGGGUACCCAAGGUAUUGCUUGGGCCUUUGGUGGAAUGAUCUUUGCACUUGUCUACUGUACUGCUGGUAUCUCAGGAGGACACAUUAACCCAGCAGUGACCUUUGGUUUGUUUCUGGCACGGAAGCUUUCUUUGACAAGGGCUUUGUUCUACAUCAUCAUGCAGUGCCUUGGUGCCAUCUGUGGUGCUGGUGUGGUGAAAGGUUUUGAGGGCAACCGUGUAUAUGAGAGUUUGGGUGGUGGAGCCAACGUUGUUGCUUCAGGCUACACUAAGGGUGACGGUCUUGGUGCUGAGAUUGUUGGCACCUUUGUUCUUGUCUACACUGUCUUCUCCGCCACUGAUGCUAAGAGGAGCGCCAGGGACUCUCAUGUCCCUAUUUUGGCUCCUCUUCCCAUUGGGUUUGCAGUGUUCUUGGUUCACUUGGCCACCAUCCCCAUUACUGGAACUGGCAUUAACCCAGCCAGGAGUCUUGGAGCUGCUAUCAUCUUCAACAAAGACCACGCCUGGGAUGACCACUGGGUUUUUUGGGUUGGGCCCUUCAUUGGAGCUGCUCUUGCUGCUCUGUACCACCAGAUAGUCAUUAGAGCUAUUCCUUUCAAGAGCAGGGCUUAAAUGCUGCUUUGCAUUUCACCAUCACUUUUCUACUUUAGUGUUCUGUUUUUUUUUUUUUUGUUUUUUCUUUUGUUGUGUAUUUUUGGUUCUCUUCCGCUUCCAUGUGAAUCUGGUAUUGAAAAAGUUAAUUAUGUUAAUCAUGUGUGUAAAUUAUCUAGUAUUGGUGAUGUAUCAAGUUUGUGACCCCUAUUGAAUGGAGAAAUUCUUUUUUAUCUUUA